AUGGGGCUUACCAUUGUUAAAUUCAAUGAUGAGGCUACUAGGGAUUUUGUUAUGGAAACUGGCAUUGUGAAAUUUGACAAGAAACCAGUGAUCGUGAGACCUUGGACACAAGAUCUUGACACCAUCAGGUUAGUUCGUUUGGUUCCUUUAUGGAUUAGAUUGCCUAAUCUAGGCCUGCAGUAUUGGGGCCAGAAGUGCCUCAGUGCAUUAGUCAGUACUAUAGGGAAACCUAUUAUGGUGGAUAAGGUUACUAAGGAAAGAUCGAUGAUUAGAUAUGUGAGAAUUCUAGUUGAAAUGGAGAUAUCUGAUAACUCGCUGUUUGUUAUAUAUUUUGUGAAUGAAAGGGGUCAAGUUCAAGAGCAGUUUGUUGAAUAUGAAUGGCUGCCCAUUAAAUGCAACAACUGUAAGGGAUUCAGCCACAAUAUGGUUGAUUGCAAGAAAACUGGUUCUAAAAGUUGGGUAAAGAAGAAUGUGACUGCACAGGAAAAUGAUGGAGCUCCUACUGACUCGGAGGUAGUUGCUACUGAUACAAUUACAGUAGGUUCAGCAGGAGUUCCUGAACCUGUUAAGGAUGUGGAGGGGAGUCAUGAAAAGGCAGGGAUUGAGAUUAGUAGGGCUGCUGCUGGCUGUUCUCAGGAUCUGGUUUUAACACCUGACACUAAUAAUAAGGAGAAUUGGGAAGUGCCUAAGAAAACAGGGAACUCACGAGGGAAAGGGAAGCUUAUUAGAACUGUUUUAGACAAGAAACAGAAUGCAUUUAAGGUACUUCAGGAACAGGGGAAAGGUGGAACAAGUGGGAACUUAAAUGACUUAAAAUUAGAUGGACUGCUCCAAUAUACUUAG